UCGGAGAAAGUCUCUGUAAAGUUCGAGAGAUCGAGCAGAGCUCAACAGUUUGUUCCAAAAUAAGUUCUGGAUUUCGGAGCGCCCGCUUUUCCAGCGCGCUGACGCACCGAGAUUGUACAGAAGCGCACCAGUGUUGAGGUUAUGUGUGGGUUGCCAUGCGGUACCGGCCAAACUGACUAAGUGAGUAGGCGAGAAAGAAUGAAAUUUGAAGUGCGGAUGGAGGCAGUGAUGCAUUCCCAGCAGCGGGCACUAGUGCAAAUCCUGAGGGUUCUGUUGAUUUGCUUCGUCUUUCUCCUUUUGACGUCAGAAGUUCACGCAGGUGGUAAGAAGUACGACGGGCCAUGUGGGGGCAGAGAUUGCAGUGGUGGGUGUCAGUGUUUUCCUGAGAAAGGUGCAAGGGGUCAGCCAGGUCCUCUUGGCCCUCAGGGCCCAUCAGGGCCUCCAGGACGUACAGGCGAUCCUGGUUUGCAAGGCCAUAAGGGAGGAAAGGGUGAUUCUGGUGUGCCCGGCAUUGAGGGUCCAAAGGGGGCUCAGGGUCUGAUUGGAAGUCCAGGGUUUCCAGGAUUAGAUGGUAUUCCAGGUCACCCAGGGCAACCAGGUUCCCGAGGAAGACCAGGUGCUGAUGGCUGUAAUGGAACCAAGGGAGAGUCUGGAGUACCAGGCUUGCAAGGAUAUGAUGGCGAGCAGGGAAGAUCAGGUCUGCCCGGCAGAAAGGGUGAGAAAGGGGACCUCUUGGAUGUUAACAUUUACAUGCUAAGAUUUCGGGGAGACCCAGGACUGCCAGGAUAUCCAGGACCUACAGGACCUCCUGGAAUACCCGGUCAACAAGGACUGCCAGGUUUUAAUGGUUACCUGGGUGAAAAGGGCAACAGAGGACCUCCAGGACCACCGGGUAAACCACCUGCCCAGCUGAAGGGUGUAAAAGGAGAAGCGGGUGAUGUUGGAGAACCAGGACUACCAGGAAAUCAACAACAAACUGGACCUCUUCUGGGACCAAAAGGCGAGAAGGGUAUUAAAGGUGAACCAGCAGACACGUUUAUUUCCAAAGGAGAACGGGGCACCAUGGGACCUGCAGGACAACGGGGAAACCCAGGAAGAGAUGGACUCCUAGGAAAAAAGGGUGAUGCUGGGUUUGCAGGUUUUCCAGGUCAGCAAGGACGUAAGGGAGAGCCGGGAGAGCCAGGAGAGCUGAUUCCUACAGGCCCUUCAGGUGGAGGAGCUGGCUAUCCAGGUCCACAAGGAGAACCUGGGCAAAUAGGAGAUUAUGGUCCCACAGGAGCAAAAGGUUCACAAGGUCCCCCUGGGCCCGAUCCUCAGGGAACUCCAAUAGCUGGUGAAUUUGGACCAAAAGGCGAAAAGGGACUGAAGGGUGAAGCUGGCGAACCUGGUAUCCCUGCCACAUACCCUGGUUCUCCUGGUUCUGAUGGGCUACAAGGACGACCUGGGCCACCUGGUCCCAAAGGAACAUUUUCUGAGAUAUAUAAAGGGCCAGAAGGAUUACAAGGACGUCCAGGAAGUGCUGGGACCAAGGGCCAGAAAGGUGACCACGGUCAAUGUCAAUGCUCAUCAACUUCCCCUCCUGGAGCCCCUGGCAACCGUGGAGACCCUGGCAUGGCUGGAGAGUGGGGUCAGCAGGGUGAUCAGGGAGACCCAGGACCUAGAGGCACCAAUGGUCUACCUGGUUUUCCUGGUAGGACAGGCGUGCCUGGAGCCAAGGGACAUAAAGGAGACAGAAAAGACGUUACAGAGAAAGGGCCACUUGGAGAUCAGGGAGACCCAGGUAGACAUGGUGAACAUGGAGAAGAUGGGAGAGAUGGACGCAAUGGGUUCAGUGGUCCACCUGGAUUUCGUGGUCCUCCUGGAGAGGGUCCAGUUGGGGAGCUUGGAGAUAAGGGUUACCCAGGAAGGCCAGGUUCGCCAGGAUUCCCAGGACAAGGAGGAGAUCCAGGACAGGUGACAGAAGGCCCCAGGGGUAUAAGGGGUGUUGAUGGUGAUCCAGGGUUUAGGGGUUAUGAUGGAAUUCCAGGCCCUCCUGGCCAAUCAGGGGAUUGUAGUCCACCGGGAGAAGGAGGAGAGUGGAGUACUGCAGGCGAUUGUAUUGUUGCACCUGGAGCUCCAGGUGAGAGAGGACAAAUUGGACCUCCUGGAUUCAAGGGAUUCCCAGGAGUACCUGGUCCUAAAGGAUUUACUGGAAGUGAAGGUGAGCUGGGACCUAAAGGAGAGCAAGGGGACCAAGGCAGAGGAGGCCCAUCUGGCACAGUAGGUUUCACUGGACCUCGUGGAGACUCGGGUAAUCCUGGAUUUAAAGGGGCCAAGGGGCUUCCUGGCACGGGAGGUAAGCCAGGGCUCAGUGGUGAUCCAGGUCUCAAGGGGCCCGACGGUGACGCUUUGGGAGCAUCCCCCGGGUCUACAGGAGAACCAGGAUUGCCAGGAACACAGGGGAGCAAAGGUCCCUCAGGAGAUGCUGGCAUUAUUGGAUACCCUGGUUCUAUGGGAAUGCCUGGAAUGAUUGGAAUGAAGGGUGAAUCAGGUCCUGAUGGCUUACAUGGGGAAAUUGGAAGACGUGGACCUGCAGGAACGUUUGGUUUUCCUGGGGUUCCUGGUAGAGCCGGACCCCCUGGACCUCAGGGAAUCACUGGAGGACCAGGUUUUAGAGGAGAAACAGGCCAUCGAGGAGAUAGUGGCCCUCCAGGGCCAUUUGGAACAAAGGGUUUUAAAGGAGAGCCUGGUAAUGAUGCUGGACCAGGGGAAACUGGACCCCAGGGGAAUCAAGGACAUCCUGGAUAUGCUGGGCGGCCUGGUUUAGCUGGACUUAAAGGUGUAAAGGGUUCUCAUGGCAUGACAGGCUUCGAAGGAAUGCAAGGAAAUACUGGUCAGAGGGGACUGCCAGGCCAGAAAGGAGUGACAGGCAUACCAGGCUCAGCAGGGCUAAAAGGAAACAUGGGUCAUCACGGAGAAAAAGGCGAGAGGGGACUUCCAGGCCAACCAGGAGAAAUAUCAACCAUGCAAAUUAUGCAUAUGAAAGAUACCAUGAAGGGUACAAAAGGGGCUCAAGGGGCUUCAGGAGAUCCUGGUUUUAUUGGGCCUCGAGGCAUCAAAGGUUUCCCGGGCAUCCCAGGACAAGAGGGGCACCACGGAAAACCAGGACAACCCAGUUAUAAAAAGGGUGCACAAGGACACUCUGGACCUCAGGGACUGCCUGGACUGAAGGGAAUGCCAGGCUUUACAGGACCCCCAGGAAUUAGAGGAUUCCCUGGAGGGACUGGACCCAGGGGGGAAAAAGGUUCAUCUGGUGCUUAUGGAGCAACAGGAGUUCAUGGAACCGAUGGAGAUAAUGGUGAAACGGGUGACAUUAUAAACCUCCCUGGACUCACAGGAACAAGAGGCCAAAGUGGGCAGUCUGGACCUUCAGGUCAAACUGGUUUUCCAGGUGAGACUGGGAAUAGAGGAAGUCCUGGCUUUGAUGGCAUCAAAGGAAUGAAAGGCAUUCUAGGUGAACCUGGGAAAGAAGGGCCAUCAGGUGCUAAAGGUCUACACGGCUUCCCAGGAAACCAGGGUACUAAGGGCUGGUCAGGUGAGCCAGGACGGCCAGGAACUCCUGGUAAAGCAGGUCAUCCUGGGCAAAAAGGUUUUCCUGGUGCUGGAGGGAUUUUUGGGUUGGAUGGUCUUAAAGGUCAAAAAGGUCUUCAAGGUGUUCCAGGUGCCAACAACUGGGGAUUACCUGGUGUUCCUGGAACAAAAGGAGAAAUCGGAGAUACAGGUACUCCCAACACAGAAGAUGGUCUCCCUGGAAAUACUGGCCAUAAAGGUUCAGCAGGAGAUCCAGGUGAUCAGGGUGAACCAGGUCCUUCAGGUAUUCAGGGGCCUACAGGAGACCCGGGAUUUCCUGGCAGAAAGGGUAUUACAGGGGACACAGGGCCACGUGGCCAUAAAGGUUUUCCAGGCUAUCCUGGAGCCACUGGCCUCCCAGGCUUUCCAUCUCCAUUUGGACCUAAGGGAGAUCGAGGUGCUCAGGGACAGUUUGGUAUUCUAGGACUAAAAGGAAUUCAUGGGGACGCUGGAGAGAAAGGAUCACCUGGACAGCCUGGAGUAUCAGGAAAGAAAGGUGUAAGUGGAGAUCAAGGCAUGAUGGGAAUCCCAGGUCAACGUGGAUUGCAAGGUGAUAGAGGUUUUUCUGGACCUAAAGGAGAAACUGGAACACCAGGCUAUCCUGGUGCUCCUGGUGCUAUGGGACUCCCUCCGGUUCCUGUAAAGAUACCAGGGGAGAGAGGGCCCUCUGGUCCAUUUGGAAUCAUCGGACCAAGGGGAGUGCAAGGGAAGAUAGGUCCUGAAGGACCCCCUGGAGAUCAAGGGUUUGUGGGACCAAAGGGGCAAAUUGGGAUGCCAGGAUUUCCUGGAAUUCCUGGAAACCCAGGUAUACGUGGGGAAGCUGGACAGAUGGGCCACCCAGGUCUUCAGGGUGAAGAGGGAUACCAUGGGCGGCCUGGUACUCCAGGUCCUAAGGGUAUGCCUGGGCGCAGUGUUAGCGUUGGAUACCUGUUGGUGAAGCACAGUCAAUCUGAUCAGACACCCAUGUGCCCAGUGGGAAUGUCAAAGCUGUGGGAUGGCUACAGCUUGCUUUACUUUGAAGGACAAGAGAAAGCACAUAAUCAAGACUUGGGUCUAGCAGGCUCUUGUCUUCCUCGAUUUAACACCAUGCCAUUCUUGUAUUGCAAUCCUGGCGAUAUAUGCUACUAUGCUAGUCGCAAUGACAAGUCCUAUUGGCUCGCCACAACCGCCCCCAUUCCCAUGAUGCCAGUGGAGGAGUUCGAAAUCAAGCCUUACAUCAGCCGCUGUUCAGUAUGCGAGGCUCCGACUGUGGCCAUAGCUGUUCAUAGUCAGGAUACAACAAUCCCUCAAUGCCCAGCAGGCUGGAGGAGCUUAUGGAUUGGCUAUUCCUUCCUCAUGCACACGGCAGCGGGAGACGAGGGAGGUGGACAGUCUCUGGUGUCUCCAGGCUCGUGUCUGGAAGACUUCCGCACAACUCCCUUCAUUGAAUGCAAUGGAGCCAAGGGGACCUGUCACUACUUCGCUAACAAGCACAGCUUCUGGCUGACGUCCAUCGACGAGUCCUUCCAGACUUCCCCUGCAUCCGAGACUCUCAAAGCUGGCCAGCACCUGUCACGCAUCAGUCGCUGCCAGGUUUGCAUGAAGAACCUGUGAUCUGUAUAAACUCUGACAUGAGAAUCUGACCAUUUUAACAUUUUAGGUGCGCAAUUCAGGUAAAGAUGCCAUGUUAAUUAGUUUUAUACACAGAGAGGCCACACAGGAUUAGAUAAACUUGAUGUAUUUGGUUAACUGCACCAAAUCCCACGUAUUCUUCAUAUAUAAUGCCACGUUUGACUCUUAAAGCUUUUUUUACUUACUUUGUACUCAUCCCAUGUGCCUAAGUACUGAAGACCUGCAAAUGUCUGGUUUAAGAAACAGAUUUUGUUUCUCUAUGUAUUUACUCUUUUUACUUUUUGAAAUGGUGCUUUUUGUCUAAUUUAUUACCUCAUUUACCAGCUUGAUUUGUGUAAUUAAUAUUACCGAGGACAUACAGCAGAACCAAAGACGCCCAUUGUAAUGCACUGUUGUCAUUACAUUUGUUUGUAUAUGAUUCAUACAACCAUGUGCUUUAAUUAUAACAUUUAAAAAUUUUCACUAUUUACAGUUAUAAUUAUAAUGAAUUUAUAAUUAUAAUGAAUAAUUAUAGGACAACUAUGAUUCUCACUAUUCACUUUUAAGCUAAUAACUCAUUUGCAGCUUGGUGUCAACAUUGGAAAAUUUUAUUUUUACAUUUUACAUGUAUUAUUAUUUGGAAAUUCCAUGUUUUACUAACUCUGCUUAUCAACUGUGGUGAUUUAUUUGCACUUAAAAUACAGUAUGUUGGUAUAACUCCAUUAUUACUCUAUGCUUCCAACAGCCUGACCAAUGUUUAAAUAUUUGCAAACCAAAGUUCAUUUCUGAAUAUUUACUCAUUUUCAUAUGUUUCACAGAAUGCACUGAAUUUAGUUCUGAGCUUUGCGGAAUUAAAAAUAAAUUUUCUACCAUAUUAACCACACUGAAAUAGUACUUAGAAUGUUCUUGAUUACACGACAACAGAGAGAAUAAGCUGACUGUAUAUUUAAACUGAGAGCGAAACUGAGGGCACAGAUAUCACACAUCAGCACCAUGAGGAAAAACCAUAUCAUAUCUGCACCCCUGUCGUCAUAAACUAUUAUGUAUUUUAAUAAAAUUCUGUGUCUGCACUGUUGCCUCACUGCAAGAAGAUCCUGGGUUCGAUCCCCAGGUGGGGCGGUCCGGGUCCUUUCUGUGUGGAGUUUGCAUGUUCUCUCCGUGUCCGCAUGGGUUUCCUCCGGGUGCUCCGGUUUCCUCCCACAGUCCAAAGACAUGCAAGUGAGGUGAAUUGGAGACACUAAAUUGUCCAUGACUGUGUUCGAUAUAACCUUGUGAACUGAUGAAUCUUGUGUAAUGAGUAACUACCGUUCCUCUCAUGAAUGUAAACAAAGUGUAAAACAUGACAGUAAAAUCCUAAUAAACACACAAACAAACAUUUAAAUGAUAAUUUAGCAAACAAUUAAUCACUUGAGUUCAUAACCAUGAACAGAAAAACAUUACGUCAGUAUGGAGCAAUUAAAUGCUGCUCCCUGAUGCCUCAACAUUAAGCUAAGACUUCUGAACAUGUUAUAUUGAACAGUUUUGUCAGAAAUAGCUUUGCAAUAUCGAGUCCCUCUAUAUUAUUACAUAGUAAUUCCCAUUUAGUAAUUAAGUACCCGCUACCAACUUUUUUGUGUGAAAUAUGGUGCUUAUAUUAAUGUAACCUUUUUACAUUACUGCAACAAUCGUUACAUUAAACUGUUGUUUUUAUCAAUAAAGCCAAAAGUCUUUUAACAUUUAACAACUUUUAUUCUGCCACUGUAUCAUGUAUCAUGUACCAUUUGUAUCAUGUUCAGUUAUGCAUAAAACAUGCUACAAAUUUCACAUGCUUAAUAUAUUCUGACUCAGACAACUUCUAAAUCUUACACUUUUUAUUUACAUUUUUAAACCACAUUCUAAGUGAUGUCAACCGGGUAUUUGCAAAAUAAAAGCUUUUGAUUGUUA